AAAAUUGGUAGUUGCCUUCAGUUGUCUUUGUUUAAUAUUAUUGUAAAUAAUUUCUAAAUUAUUAAUUUGUAAGUUUCAGAAAGAAUGGUUUUAAUGUUUUCAUUGCAAUGUCAAUCAGUAUAACAGGGUUUAUGAGUAUGAAGAAAAUACAUCCGUACCAAUAAACAAUUUAUUGUUCCCUCUACGUACAGAACGGCAAAAACUGUUAAGAUGACAACAGGCAACAAUAUCGAGACAGAAUAUUUGGAGCUCAGCUCGAAAAAUGGAUGGCCCCUUUUAUACCAGCAAAUUCGGACAGAAAGUGCAAAAUUUGGUAACAGUUUCUCAGAGGCAAUUAAACCUCAAAACAAAGUUCUGAACAGAUAUCGUGAUGUGAGUCCUUUUGAUCACACUAGAAUAGUCUUGCAAAAGGGUUCAUCUGAUUACAUCAAUGCUAAUUUAGUUAAAGUUGAAAAAGCUAAUAGGCAGUAUAUAUUAACUCAAGGUCCAUUGCCACAUACCAUUUCUCACUUUUGGUUGAUGGUAUGGGAACAAAACACCAAAGCUGUUCUUAUGCUCAACAAAUUAGUUGAAAAGAAACAAGAAAAAUGCAGUCAGUAUUGGCCAAAGAAAGUGGGGCCUGAAUACAAGAUGAUAUUUGAUGAUGUUGGUCUAUCACUUGAAUACCUAGAACAUCAAGACCAUUCCUACUACAUGAAAAGAGUGUUAAAACUUGUGGAUGUAGAAAGUGGAAAUUCUAAGGAGGUUUUGCAAUUUCAUUAUACUACUUGGCCAGAUUUUGGAGUACCCAAUUCUCCUGUAGCAUUUUUAGAAUUUUUAUAUAAGGUGAGAGCAGAAGGUGCCCUUCAACCUGAUGUUGGCCCUGCUGUAGUACAUUGUUCUGCUGGAAUAGGACGCUCUGGAACAUUUUGCCUUGUUGAUUCUUGUUUAGUUCUUAUUGAAAAAUACGGGUUAAAUUCGGUGGACGUUAAAGAAGUCCUGCUAGAAAUGCGCAGAUAUAGAAUGGGUUUAAUUCAAACUCCUGAACAAUUGAAAUUUUCCUAUCAAGCCAUCAUAGAGGGAAUAAAGCACUUGUCACAACCCAACACUUCUGAUAAAGAGAAUUCGAAUUCAGACGUGGUGGUAGUUAAUGACAAUGAUUUAUACGAGUCAAGUUCGGAAGAAGACGAGCCUCCGCCUUUGCCUCCGCCAAGAUUAGACAGUUUAAACAGAGUCUAUGACGACUUUCCAGUCGAUAGACCUUUGCCGACAAUACCUAACAGCACUUCUUUAACUGAUUUUGCCUAUGAAGAAAAUGAUAAAGUGAAUAAUCAAUCUCCACCUUUACGACCAUUACCUACUGUCACUCCUGGGGAUGAAGGCGAAAGUAGUGAAGCUGAUGAAGUUGAAGAAGAAGAAGAAGACGAAGACGAAGAAGAAACUAAUAGUCUUACCGAAGAAAAGACAGAAAACAAUUGUGUCACUGGAAAUAUAUCACCAGAAGCAGAACUGAGGCAUCGUCAGAGGGCAGAGCGCAAAGAGACGUUGGCAGCGAAGGUGCGCGAAAUGAAGAGACGGCAGCAGGCCAACGAACAGUGGACGCGACUCAAGAGGCCUAAAACCCAGCUAGGCGACUGACACGUCAAGUUUUUUUUGAAGAGUUUGGACUAUGAUACAUUUAGGUUAGUCGAGGAUAAGUUCUGCGGUCUCAAAUUUUAAGCAAAACACUAGUCAAAAUUUCUAGGUACGUGCAAAGGUGUGAUCUUAUAUUACUAUUCUAUUCUAUAAUGUAUUCAAUGAUCUUGAUAUAUCCAAAAUCAGAACUCUUGAGCCUAAACAAACUUGCAACCAAAACGGUCAUUCCACUAUGUAGUUAUGUAACUUUGUAUAUAUUUUUAAUUUACAACCAAACCCAGCCUUAACCUUGUUUGUUAUGACGCAGCAUGUAGUUCCUAAUCAUUAUUUACGCCAUCACUUGUUUCAAUAUGGUUACGGUGAUAUGAAGUAACCGGAAAAUUGAAGGCUCAAAUAUAGCGUCUGAUACAGUCGAGGCGUGGUUAGGUUUUGGUCCAAUUAUUAUAUGUAACAAUGGUUAGUAAGAGUCAGUUUAAACCUGUCGUAGCUUGAGUUUGCGACUUAUUGACUUCUUUAUUAUUACCGUCUGGUCGAUUAUUAUUCCUUAAUGUUUCGAAAGUUUUCUGAGUAAGAUAACGAUAUGACUUUCGAAAAGGCGAGGAGUAAUUGAUAACGGGAUAAUAGCCCGAAAACCGACAACCCGAGACUCAGCUUACAUUGAUAAAGUAUAAAGAAAAUGCUCAAAUAAAACGAUAACCGUUUCUGUGGGGAUUACACGGGUUUUAAAGCUGAAAAUUGCAAUUAAGAAUAGGCCUUUGCGUAAUACUAACACAUUCGGAAUCGAUCAGUUUGGUUGUAAUGUAGCUGUAAGGCCUUUGGAAAUUAUUAGGCAAUUAUAUAUGGCCCAAUUUCGGGGCAUUGUUGACAAACUCAUAAUAUUACAGUGUCUUAUUUAUUAAAUACGUGUCGCCUGUUUUUUUAUUAAAACAUUUUCUGAUUUUAUGCACAUUGUCAGUAAUUUUUGAGUAGUGGUAAUUUUUAUACAUAUAAAAAAAAAAA